UUAUUCUUAUCAUCAUCAUUAUUAUCGUCCUUAUAUUGCAUUUAUUAUCCCUGUAUAUACGUGUGCCCGUAAUAAACGAGUGUCGCGAGAUUCGCCGGUUUAUUUUACGAUCUGAAUCGGAUCUGGACCGGAACUGUGCUUAGUGGUUGAACAGAAAAUGGUUGCGGAUAAGUAUGACAAGCUCGAACCUGAGCUGAAACAAGAAUUGAAGAGCAUCGCUCAACAAAUCGUGGCACCAGGAAAGGGUAUCCUCGCUGCAGAUGAAUCGACCACAACGAUCGGCAAGCGUCUUAAGGACAUCAAUGUUGAGAACACCGAGGACAACCGCAGAGCUUACAGACAACUUCUUUUCACCAGUGCUAAGGAGAAUAUUGGCCAGCACAUUUCUGGAGUUAUCCUGUUCCACGAAACUUUGUAUCAGAAGGCCGACGAUGGGACACCAUUUGUUGAGCUACUGAAACAACGUGGCAUCCUUCCAGGUAUCAAGGUCGACAAAGGUGUUGUACCAUUGUUUGGAACCGAAGAUGAAUGUACCACCCAGGGGCUCGACGAUCUCCAGGCUCGUUGCGUCCAGUAUAAGAAAGAUGGAUGCCAAUUUGCCAAGUGGAGGUGCGUGUUGAAGAUCAAGAAGGAUACUCCGAGCAAGUUAGCCAUUCUGGAAAACGCUAACGUCCUUGCACGUUACGCUUCUAUUUGCCAGAGUGCUAGAAUUGUGCCGAUUGUCGAACCUGAAAUCUUGCCUGACGGUGAUCAUGACCUUGCCCGUUGCCAGCAGGUCACGGAAGAAGUUCUGUCCGCUGUAUACAAGGCAUUGGCUGAUCAUCAUGUCUACCUAGAGGGAACUCUUCUUAAACCGAACAUGGUAACACCAGGACAGAGUUGUCCUAAGAAAGCAACUCCACAGGAGAUUGCAGCUGCUACUGUGACCGCUUUGUUGCGCACUGUGCCACCUGCAGUGCCUGGAAUCACGUUCCUCAGCGGCGGUCAGUCUGAAGAAGAGGCAUCGGUGAACUUGGAUGCCAUCAACAAGUUCCCUGCAAACAAACCUUGGGCAUUGACCUUCAGCUACGGUCGUGCUCUUCAAGCCUCCGUUCUGCGUGCAUGGGGAGGCAAGAAGGAACAAGUUGCUGCUGGCCAGGAAGAACUUCUUAAGAGGGCUAAGGCCAAUGGCGAAUCGGCACUUGGUAAGUACGCUGGUGGUGUGAUGGGAGCUGCUGGCGACGCCGCGCUUUUCGUCGCGAAUCACGCGUACUAAAUUAGUCACUAGACAUCGAUAAGGGUUAGACAAUUAGAUCGUUCGUCGAACUUCGUCAACGUCGAUUACCGUUGCCGGCAUGAAAACACAUUACCAUCGACAGUGAAGAUGAGGAACGAAUAAAGAAGACUCAAAAUGCCUCGAAUUCUCGAAAUACAAGACAGUUAUAUAGUUUCUGUAGAAUUUUAUAUUUUAUAUGCAAAUUCAAGCUUUGAAUUCGAAACAAUUCAAUUUUAACUUAUCGCGUAAAUUGGCACGUUUCCACGCGAUUUUAAAACAAAUUGGGAUUUUAACAAUGCUUUUUAACUUGUGAGUAUACAGAAACUGAGGAACAUGUUGUAUUUCGAGAUAAAGCCAAACACUUACGAUCACGAUGCUGUCAACCACGGUCGAUUUCCUUCGUGGAUUGUCAUGUUCCUAAAUAAGCGAGGUAUGAACGAUAACCACUGUCCUUCCUGCUUUUAAACUUUCCUAUUCUAUCCUGCACUAUCUGACGUUUUCCUUCACUUUCAUCCACUUUCCCUAUAUUCGUUUUGUCUAGAAUUAUACGACACGACGGAGAGCGUUUAACGCAUUUCAUCGCAGAAUCAUUCGUUCCGAGCUUAUUACGGAGACCUCUGGUGAAGAAACAGAAGAAACUCUAACGAUUAAUGACAAUCUUCGAGAGAACGUGGUCGAUAUGUAUGUACGUGAACCUACCGAGCAAAAUCAAUUAAAAAGAAAUUUUAUGGAGAUCCUUUACUCAGUUCGUAAACAGAUUUCGUGACAUUCGAAUUACGCACGCGUUAUUAUAUUCUGUAACACUACGAUAAAAAGCAGAUAUAUAUUAUAUAUAUUGUCAAUGUCGUUAUGAUAUUCUACGUGUAUAAAAAGAAAAAGAACAAAAAAAUGAAAAAACAAAGUAAAAAUACAUAUUAAAUGUUGUUUGUUAGUAAAUGAGUCGAAUAUUAUGAAGUAAUAUUAUGUCAUCUACUUAUACAAUAUGUGUAUCUUAUAUAGAUAUUUAAGUAACGUAUUGAAAAGUAUCUCGUACAUCGAUGUUAUAUCUAAUAUUUUCAUUGUAAUCUAGGUCACCAAAUACACUGUGGAGGGUA